UGGACGAUUUAUUUUGUAGCAGCAGGGGGUGGAGUAAACAAAGCUAGACAGCAGUGAACACUUUCCAUUAAACACUUCAAUAAAAAAGUCCGUCGGUAAAGGGAACCUUUCUGUACUGAGAGCCCGAGCUGUUCUGUUAUGGACCCCAGCAAAUGUGCCAGUGCACCUCCAGCGGGAUGGUCUGGUGAGAAGUCCUCCAUGGGCCAUGCGCCCCCUCCGCCCUACCAGGAACAGCCGUAUCCGGGGUACCCGCAGCCCGGCCCUGGAUACCCUCCACAUCCGCAGGGCUACGGCUACCCUCCGCAGUAUGGGGGUGCAGUUGGACAGCAGCCGUACCCCAUGGGUCAGCAGGCCACCGUCACUGUCCAGCCCACAGUGUAUGUGGCCCAGGGCCCGCUGGCUCACCCUGUCAACGACUACUUGUGCUACUCCAUCUUCACCAUGCUGUGCUGCUGCCUGCCCCUGGGAGUCGCUGCCCUCAUCUACUCCAUCUCAGCCCGUGAAGCCAAUCACGUUGGGAACCAGAUGGGGGCGGAGCAGAACAGCAGGACGGCCCGGAUCCUGAACCAUGUGGGCCUGGGGAUCGGUAUCGGCUUCACCAUCCUAUCCAUCAUCUUCUACGUUGUGGCCAAUAUGCAAUAACAACUAAACAUAUUUUCAGUCCCCACUCUCAUUCUACAUUAGAUUUUCAGAGCACACCAGGUACAUAGGUAGUGGUCAAAAGAGAUUUUGGUAACAAUUGUAUUGAUAUUUAAAUAAAAAAUGUAUGGCCUUGUAAUCCAUUACUCUAAAACACUGUAGAGAGUAACGACAACAAGAUUCCAAAGAUUCAUAUUUCUUCAGCCUGUUUUUGUAUUUUCUAUGAAACGUUAAACAUCAUCAUGUUUUGGUUGUAAAAUAUGUUUCAAAAUCGAUGCCUUAAAAGUUCAGCCAUAGGUUAAUGUUGUUUCAACCUGCAUGAAGACUUCCACUCAAGUAUUAUACCAAGACUUAUAUUUCAUGUUCAAACAGCAAAAGAUUAUCAAAACUGUGUCAAAUUUCAUUUUUGGUUAUUGUUUUGCAAUUGAAAAGGAUUUGUCUGAUUGUCCGAUGGGCAAAAUAUAGCUACCCUUUCAAAAGAUUUGUUGGCUGUAAAUAUGUAUUAACACUCUUAAAAGUAUGCUAAAGUAAAAAUGAAAUGCUGAAGAAGUAAAAGAUGAAAUGAUGAGCCUGUGUGUGUAUUUGAUCGAGUGCACACUAAAAGGGAUCUACUCCGGUCAUAUUAGGAUUGAACCAAAGCUCUCUUUUUAAUUCCAGCUAAACAGGAAUUCAAAGCUUCACAAAACGUGGCGACAGUGGUGCCAAAAUGGCUGAUGCAGCCAAUGGUUCCAUCAGUGGCUCUAUUUUAAAAGCAUAUUGUGUAAGGGAUGAUAUUGUUUGUCAUGUAAUGUCUGUAUGUGCUUUUCUUAACCAAAGCCAAAUCAUUUUACUGUAUACCAGAUUUCUUUUUAAAUAAAGUAUAUUAAAUGAAAUAAACACU